CGCGGCUGUCACUCAGCGCGCGAUCCUCCAAUCGCGGCGCUCGUGCGCCCUUGGCUCCUCCCCAGCGUAUAAUUGAAGUUUCUGUAGUUUCUCCGGUGGAGGCUGCCGCGCAGUGUUGUCCGAUCCGUGGAGGGAUUAAAAACGCAACAGCGGGGACCAUGUUUUGUGGGAGGCUGAACGCGUGCGUGAGCCUGUGCUUGUGGAUUACGGCGCUGACGAGCGUGGGGAACGCGUCCGCGAGGAAGCAGGAGGACUCUUUCUUCACUACCAGCAUUUACCGAGCGAGAUGCGCCUCGAGAUGCCUCAGCCUGCACAUCACCCGCAUCUCCGCCUUCUUCAAGCACUCGCAGAAUAACGGAUCCUUGGUGUGGUGCCAGAAUCACAAGCAGUGCUCCAAGUGCCUGGAGCCCUGCAAGGAAUCCUGGGACCUGAAGGAAAACCAGUGCCAGGAUUUAUGUGAGCCGCUCUUUCCCAAGAAGCACUACGAGUGUCUGACCAGCUGCGAGUUCUUGAAGUCGGUGGAGGGGGUGAAGCAGGGCGACUGUCCUGCUCCGGAGAAGGCCAGCGGCUUCGCGGCGGCCUGCGUGGAGAGCUGCGAGGAGGACGGCGAGUGCUCCGCUCUGAAGAAGUGCUGCUCCAACGGCUGCGGCCACACCUGCCAGGUGCCCAAGAACCCGUACAAAGGAGUCCCCCUGAAGCCGAGGAAGGAGCUGGUGUUCGCGGAGCGUCCGUCGGGUCAGCUGGAAAUCCGCUGGUCGUCCAAGUUUAACAUCUCGGUGGAGCCCGUCCUCUACGUGGUGCAGCGGCGCUGGAACUACGGCAUCCACCCCAGCGAGGACGACGCCACCGACUGGCAGACGGUGGCGCAGACGGCAGAGGAGCGCGUCCAACUGGCCGACAUCAGAGCCAGCAGAUGGUACCAGUUCAGAGUCGCUGCCGUCAAUGUCCACGGGACCCGCGGCUUCACUGCACCCAGCAAACACUUCCGCUCCUCCAGAGACCCGUCCGCUCCCCCCAGGCCAGCGAGCCUGCGUAUCACCAACGUGACCCUGGCUGAUGAAGGCCUGGUGACAGCUCGCCUGAACUGGACGCUGCCAGAGGAGCCCGAUAUCCCCAUACAUCACUACAAAGUGUUCUGGAGCUGGACCGUGUCCACCAAGUCUAUGGUGCCGUCCAAGAAGAAAAGGAGAAAGACCACCAACGGGGCUCAGACUUGGGUGGAUCUGGAGGGACUUCAGCAAAACAACAGUUACGCUGUGGAGCUGCAGGCUGUCACAUACUGGGGGCAGGUGCGACUGAAGAGCCCCAAGGCGUCUCUGCACUUCAGCACCAACCAGAACCAGGAAGCGGCGAAGUCGGUGCUGAAGCCGAAGAAGGAGGAGAUCCCCCCGCUGGGCCCGACCCUGGCCAAGCGCCCCUCUGGCCCGCUUGAGGUGGGAACGCCCUUCUACCAGGACGGUCAGCUGCAGGUCCGUGUCUACUGGAAGAACCGGGGAGACCCCACAGUGAGCCGCUACCAUGUCCAGUGGGCGCCAGAGUUCUGCAGCCACAAUGAGACCAGGGGACCGGAGAAAUCUGUCACGCAGGAGAACUACAUCAACCUCCCGGGCCUGCUGUUCUCCUGCAAGUACAAGGUCACCGUUCACAUGCUGAAGUCCAAGAGGCGCUCCAAGGACGAGAGCACCACCUUCCUCACCCCGUCCUGCGCCACCAUCCGCAGCAAGACGCACAAGCACGUCCCGUGUCCCGGUGAGGGAGGUGCUCCGAAGGUUUUGGCCAAACCCGAGAACCUCACGGCCUCCUUCUCCAUCAACGAGGGCAACAUCACCGGCAGCUUCCUGUGGCGCGUGUCCAGGGUGGCCCCCAGCCAGCGGAUCACCGGCUUCCAGGUCACCUGGGCCGAGAUCACCACCGAGAGCCGGCAAAACAGCCUGCCCAACAGCAUCAUCUCCCAGUCCCAGAUCCUGCCUCCCGACCACAACCUGCUCGUAGUGUCCAACCUGCAGCCGUCGACCUACUACAGGCUGGAGGUGCAGGUCAUAACAACAGGAGGAGAAGGUCCCGCCACUGUCAAGGCAUUCCAGACCCCAACUAUAUUACCAGGCAUUCAGCACCGACCCCGGCUCCGGCAGCACCACUCGCAUCACCAGAAGCCGACGGCGGAGAAGCACUGAGCCGCGGGUCGGACGGGGAGAAGCGCCGGUGUCUCUCUGCUGCCGCCUGUCAGGGAAGGAACGUGUGGAACCAAACCCAAGCCCAGCGCACCGGACCGUGAACUGACCACCCCCCCCAACCCCCUCCCCCCACACAUGGGUCCACCCCCCCCCCCCCCC